UCUGAGUGUUUAGUCUGCUUAUCUCUCUGACCUAUUCUCUCUCUCCAAUGAUCUUAUCUCCAUCCAAUUCUUGUGUUCCUCUCCUCAACUCAAUCCUUUUCUGGUAAAAACUAGAAUCCUGCCCCAAAUUCUGUCUUUUCACUGCUCCUGCUUCUAGCUACCUUCCUUCUCUUCAUACUAACUACCUUUGCAGCCUUCUUCUUUCCAUACCUUCUUCUUCUUCUUCUACUUCACUUUUUCAUGGUUGAAUUCUCUGUUUCACUACUGUUUAUCUCUCAAGUGUUGCUUCUUGAUUCGGUGAGUGAGUAAUUAAUCAAUUAUGAUGCCCUUAAAUUUGAACAUGGAAUCCGACUCCUUCGAGCCCGUUACCCUCGACCUCACCCUCGGCCUCAGUGGCUGCCCGGGACCCGACCUCGAGGCCGUUUCCACCCCAACGCCAUCCUCGCGAGUCUUCUCGUGCAACUAUUGCCACCGCAAGUUCUACAGCUCACAGGCAUUGGGAGGGCACCAGAAUGCCCACAAGCACGAGCGGACCCUCACCAAGAGGGCCAUGCGUAUGGAGAUUUUUUCCGAGAGAUACGUUAGCCUCGCCUCACUCCCCCUCCAUGGAUCCGCCUUCCGGUCUCUAGGCGUCCAAGCUCAUGCGUCCGUGCACUCGGAACAUGGGAUAAGAAGAGGAGGAGUAGGCAGUGGUGGCGGAGCCAGGGUUAUCGGUCAGGGCUACUUCGGUCAAGCCAGGGAACUAUCGUGGCCGGGAAGCUUCCGACAAAUGGAGGGCGUUUGUGGACAUUCGGGGCAGGGCUCGGAUGUGGUGGCCGGAGCUGCCCCACGUCCGAGGACAGAACAUUCAUCCCUUCCUGACCUCAACCUCAAACUUUAACAAUUUUUUGGAGUUUAACAUGUGAUGUGAUGCAUAAAUAUUGUACAUUUGAGUGAUAGAGAUGAAUUCUUGGUGUGGAGAUGAUAUAGUAUGUUGCUAGUUGGGAUAGUACUCUUAAAUUAAGCAUAUAUCAAAAAUAGGUUGAUGUAAUUUUGUGGGUAAAAAUAUUUGUAAUGCCAAUUCGUUUAUCAA